AAUUAAUGUAGUAAUAAUAAUAGCAAUAAUAACCAAGACCCAGAACAAAGGAAAGAUAUGUUUGCGAAGCUAUGAAUUUAGUUAAAUUGUGGAGGUUUCAAAUUUUAUUAAGUUUUUUUAGAGAAGUUUAUUAAACUGAGACUAAAGUAGUAGAUGGAAGAACAGUAAGGAUUACAUUGGAUCAAGCAGCAGAAUUAGUUGGAUGUCCAAGAAAGACUUUGGAAGAUUAUUAUUAUUUAUUGAAGAAGGCUUAAAAUUUAGGUAUUUUUGAAUUCAAUCAUUUUUAGUUAAUUUAGAAGAGAAAAAAAAUGAAAAAAUGGGUUUUAUUAGAAAGUUAUGUCGGGAUAAUAAAAAAUAACAAUAAUUAUUAAAGUAGGAAGAAUUUUAUCAAAUAAAUUAAUAUUAAUUAGGUGAUAUUCAUGAUGACUGA